AAUGAAAUGAAUUCAGUAGCCUCCCUUGGACUGUUUUUUAAAGAUGGCAUCAAACGCAUUGAUUACAUCUUGGUAUACAAGAAGUCAAGUCUGCAGAUUGAAAAACGAAGCACCUUCGAGAAGAACCUGAGAGCCGAGGGGUUAAUGUUGGAGCGAGAAAAUGCGGUAACCGACAAUGACAUCAUGUUUGUCAAAAUCCACUGUCCAUGGGAUACACUGUGCAAAUACGCCGAGAGGAUGAACAUCAGAAUGCCUUUUAGGAAAAAAUGUUAUUACACUGACUGGAAGAGCAAAACCAUGGGCAGUUUGCAGAGGAACAUGAGACAACUUAAAAGCUGGCUGCCUAGAAACCCAAUGAAGCUUGACAAGGAAGCCCUUCCAGACCUAGAAGAGACGGAUUGUUAUACAGCUCCUUUCAGCCGGGCUCGCAUGCACCACUUCACAAUAAACAAUAAAGACACAUUCUUCAGUAACUCAACACGGAGCCGCAUAGUACAUCACGUAUUACAGAGGACAAAGUAUGAAGAUGGAAAAUCGAAAAUGGGCAUAAACAGAUUGCUGAGUAAUGGAACAUAUGAAGCAGCAUUUCCACCACAUGAGGGAAGUUACAAAAGCAGACAUCCAAUCAAAACACACGGUGCACAGAACCACAGACAUUUACUGUAUGAGCGCUGGGCUCGCUGGGGGAUGUGGUACAAGUAUCAGCCUCUGGACUUAAUCAGGAGAUACUUCGGAGAGAAGAUUGGAUUGUACUUUGCAUGGCUGGGCUGGUACACAGGAAUGCUGAUCCCUGCCGCACUUGUCGGACUGUUUGUCUUCCUUUAUGGAUUAUUUACCAUGGACUCCAGCCAAGUAAGUCAAGAGAUCUGCGAGGCAAAUGACAUCAUCAUGUGUCCUAUGUGUGAGAAGAACUGCACACUACAGAGACUGAAUGAGAGCUGUAUAUAUGCCAAGGUCACUCACUUAUUUGACAAUGGGGGCACAGUGUUCUUUGCUAUAUUUAUGGCCAUAUGGGCCACUGUCUUCCUUGAGUUCUGGAAAAGGAGAAGAGCUGUAUUAACCUACGACUGGGACCUCAUUGAUUGGGAAGAUGAAGAGGAAGAGUUGCGUCCACAAUUUGAAACAAAAUAUUCUAAAUUGGAACGGGUGAAUCCAAUAACUGGCAAACCAGAGCCUUUCCAGCCAUUCAGUGACAAACUCAGCCGACUCAUGGUGUCUGUUUCAGGAAUAUUCUUCAUGAUAUCCCUGGUGUUGACAGCAGUCUUUGCUGUGGUUGUGUACCGGCUAGUUGCCACGGAGCAGUUUGCAUCAUUCAACUGGGAUUUUAUCAAGAAGUACUGGCAGUUUGCGACAUCUGGCACUGGUGUCUGCAUAAACUUCAUGAUCAUAAUGUCCCUUAAUGUUAUAUAUGAGAAAGUAGCAUAUCUUUUAACAAACUUAGAGCAUCCAAGAACGGACUCAGAAUGGGAAGACAGUUUUGCUCUGAAAAUGUUCCUGUUCCAGUUUGUCAAUUUGAACAGCUCAAUAUUUUAUAUUGCCUUCUUCCUUGGCAGCAAUGUGCAGUACCGCAAUACCAUGCUUUUGAGCUUAAAGAAAAUAGUGCACGCACUACUUUUUUCAACCAUACCACAACAGUAUUGCGAUCACUGUCAUCCAAGUGGGUGUCUUAUAGACCUCUGUUUACAAAUGGGCGUUAUCAUGGUCCUGAAACAAAUGUGGAAUAACUUCAUGGAAUUAGGAUAUCCAUUACUACAGAACUGGUGGUCACGAAGGAAAAUAAGGAAAGGUGGACAUGCAGUGGAACACAAAAUAACUUUACCUCAGUGGGAAAAAGACUGGAACCUGCAGCCAAUGAAUGCUCAUGGGCUUAUGGAGGAGUACCUAGAAAUGGUCGUUCAGUUUGGAUUCACCACCAUCUUUGUUGCGGCUUUCCCACUGGCUCCGCUCCUGGCACUGCUAAACAACAUUAUUGAAAUCAGACUGGAUGCUUAUAAGUUUGUCACCCAGUGGAGAAGACCAAUGCCAGCACGAGCCACUGAUAUAGGCAUUUGGUAUGGAAUUUUGGAAGGAAUUGGAGUUAUGGCUGUCAUCACCAAUGCGUUUGUCAUUGCUAUAACAUCCGAUUACAUCCCCCGUUUUGUUUAUGCCUUUAAAUACGGACCAUGCAUAGAUCAAGGAUACAGACAUGAAAAAUGUCUCCGUGGUUAUGUUAAUAGCAGUUUAUCAGUGUUUGAUCUAAGUGAGCUCGGAGACGGACAGACAGGUUACUGCAGAUACCGGGAUUAUCGAGCACCUCCUUGGAGCUCCUCCCCCUAUGAGUUCACCCUGCAGUUCUGGCAUGUACUGGCUGCACGGUUAGCCUUUAUUAUAGUAUUUGAGCACCUUGUGUUUGGAAUUAAGUCCUUCAUUGCUUACCUCAUCCCCGAUAUGCCCAAAGAUCUCUGCGACCGAAUGAGACGGGAAAAAUAUCUAGUGCAGGAGAUGAUGUAUGAAGCCGAGCUGGAGCACUUGCAACGGGAAAGGAAAAGGAAUGGAAAACACUUAAACCAUGAAUGGCCUUAA